UAAGGGUCUUCUUUUAUUUGGUUUCAGAAACUGACAAUCUGACAACACAAUCCCCUCCACCACCCUACUUUCCUGCUGUCCGACCAUGACAUUUACCACACUCCUCYUGAGAAUUGUGCUAAGACCGYGGGAGRGUUUAAGCCUCGUUUGUGAAAAUUUGACUGUUCCACAUUUGCAUGUGYAGACUUGUACCUAAACUCCAAGAUAUUUCCAUGAAAACCAUGGAACACAAUUUGAUUGGGUGYUUCYUGUAUUUUCAACAGUAUUUAAGAACCCCUCACAUCCCAGAAAUGAAACUACCAAUUGAGGGAAGCGAUGAAAGAAAAAAUCAGUAUGAGAACACUGGCUCUCAGAUCUCUGCUCUUUACAGAGCUCUUCAGUGUGGCUCUCUGUGACUCCUUUGGAAAGAAUAUUUAUGUCUCAGAAAGACUGACAUGGUCAGAUGCCAGAGACUACUGCAGGAUGCAUCACACUGAUCUGUCCUCAAUCAACAGCCRGGAGGAACAAGACGAACUCACUGAGUUAGAUCUAGAGUUUGGAGGUGCUKAUUCUAAAAAAAUCUGGAUUGGUCUGUACAAAGAUGUCAGUGACAACUGGAAGUGGUCUGGUGGGAAAAAUGCUUCGUUCUUUCUCUGGAUAUCACCGGUAGAGCCMAUCCAAGAUCAGCACUGUGUGGCACAGACUGACGACRGCUGGGAGUCAGUGAGCUGUGAGGAAACAUUCCCUUUCUAUUGUUUUCACAGCAGCCUGGUUUUGGUGAAGGAAAACAAGACCUGGGAGGAGGCUUUGGAGCACUGCCACAGCCUAGACAAGGAACUGGUCAGCCUAACCUCUGAAUCUGCCCURACUAAAGUUCUGCAGACCAGCAGAACAGCYUCAAAGACCCAUGUGUGGAGCGGCCUGCGCUACCUUUCUGACAACUGGCUGUGGGUGGAUGGGACCUCAACAGAGAACCAAACCUGGAGCCAGGAGAAGUUUCCACAAUGUCCAGCCUGGAGCCACCACUGUGGGGCCCUCUAUCAGGGGGGGCAACAGUUGGAGAGCUGGGACUGUGCAGACAAACUUAACUUCAUUUGCUAUGUGAACAGCACAUCAUAAAACUAGUAGCGGUUUAGAUGAGACUCCUGGUCAGUUGCAUUGUCCUAGAUAUUAUUAAAAGGUAGUGAAAAAAGUUCGUUUGCCAAAUGAAAUCCACAGAUUUCAUUUAUUAUAAAUUGACUUUGAUUUCUCUAAUGCAUGCAUUCAUUUUAUUUGGUUUCCUACCUG